AUGAGACCCGGGUUCAUCGGUCAGGAGAUCUCCGCGUCAACUUUGACGCCAGACUCCUCCUCGCUCUCCGCCGUAGCCACCGCCACUACGAGCACGUCUCAUCAACCGUCGCAGACCUCCGAGCCAUCGACAUCGGCGUGCAUCCCCGUCAACAUGAACGUUCCCGAGCCCCGCGACCUGGUUUGGUACCCCAACGGCAUAGGCUUCACCGGACCCCACGGCGCAACGCCGUGGAUCGUGAUGGCGAUCGUGGUCCCAAUAUACAUAACGAUAAUGUUGCCCCCUUGGCAGCUUACGGGCGAGGAAGCGCGGCGGACAGCAGGGCACGGCAACCUACCACAAGAAGAGCAGGAAAGAAUGCAGCCUCUGUGUGUUCUCUGUGACCUUAUCGAGUUUCUCUGCACUCACCCUCCCUCCAUCUACAACAUCGUCGGGUUCUCUCUGCAUCUCAGGCACCAAACCCGCGCCGCUUGA